AUGCUGCACGGUUUUCAUGAAUCCCCUCUUGUUUUUCGGUUAAACGACGGCCUUUUCUUGUGUUGCUACUUGAUCCAAGCGCCCUUUAAGUUCGCGUCUUUUGGCCUUAACCUGGCCGCCGCUAACAGAACGAGUGAGCAGCUAACCGAGUGGUUUGGUCGCCUGAUGAGGCACACCUCGGACGCGCUGUGCAAGCUGCUUUGUAUCGUUCGCCCGGGUAACGAACUCACUGUCAAUCUGCGCGGUGUUUCACAUUUCCAAGAGCCGACGGCACGUCCCCCCUCCCUCCCUCCCCCUCUGCCAUGUCACUACUGUUCUGUCUACGAUGCAGCCAACUUCGCCGUCAGCCGUUUCCGAGGUUUCUUGGAUGUCAUCAGUGCACACACACGCCCACCCCUGUCGAUAGUUGGGUUGGCGCGUCUCAAGUCCACAUCGCUGCACUGUCUAGUGAACUUUGGCCAGUUGGUGCUUGACUCACUCACGCACUCACUUGACUACGCUGUCGGCCACUUGUCGGUUAAGCAGGCCAACUCUCACGUGCCAGUUGUCCACUGGCAGCGACGUGCAGUUUUCGCGCCUUCUAAUCAUCAAACUGCACUCAACGCGAGUGCUUCGAUGUUAUUGCCGACUGUUGUGGCGUUGGUGCUCGAACGAGCUACUGGUCAGUCAGCUCCACAGCCUGGACGAUUGUGCUGGCACAGCGGUAACCACACUGGACGCGGAGUGACCACGCCGGAAAAAAGAGAUGCUACACUGCCGUCGAUAAUUUGGCACCAGGUGCGCACGUGCGAGCGUCGUCCAACGCUCAGACCCCCUUGA